AUGGAUGAAGAAAUGGAUGAUAUGGUUGAGUAUACAUUCACAGCAAUUGAGAUUGACCUUGAUUACGAGUUCGAUGCUGUUCGGUACUUCGAUUUCAGCCGUGAAGAGUCCCUUGCUGAAGCUCGUGAAGCUGAGCUUUGGUUCCAAACCGCCAGAAGCUAUCCACCUUCUCCUUUUGUAACAAAUUUAGUCCCAAGAGAAGAUAUCUUACUGGAAAAUGUCAAUACCUCCCCAAAAACUAAAGACGUAGAGAAUACGACUUUGCCUAGUAGUGACCCUGCUUUGGAGUCGGACUCCUAUGCUGUUCCCAUUAGGGAUGUGAACAUCAGAGACUGUGAAGGAAUAACUGCAGGAAUAUUCACCAGCUUACAAAGUGGCAGUCUGCAAAAGUUUCAGAAUCGACCCCAGCAACUACCGACAGGAUUGACGUUUUAUAAACACAUGGUGAAAGAUAAUACAAAAGCUAAAAUUGAGUCAUUUGUGAAACCAUAUUCUCAAAGGACAUCAACUUUGAUGAAGCCUACAGCUAGUCAAUUGGCCAAGCAAAAUCGACCUCGUCAUGUAGGUGACUCCAGGCUUCAGAAGUUGGAUGAGAACAAUAAUAAAAGCUCAGAUAAUCCAUGUGGGAUCGAGUGUCAAGCUGCUAAGAGACAGAAGAUUGAGGGAGGUCACUUGCGUAAGGUUGCUGAUACAAAACAACAAACCAACUUGGUUCAUAAGGUGCCUAAAAGGGAUGGAACCAUUGAGGGAAACUCAGUGCAUGCUAAGUUGAGGCUUACUAUUCCUAGAGAACCGGACCUUGAAACAGCCCAUAGGGCACAGAGGAUGAGGCCAAAAACUAGUGGAGAAGUUGAACAUGUGACAUCAACUAUUCGCAAAUUCAAAGCUCUGCCAUUGAAUAGAAAAAUACUUGAGGCUCCUUCAUUUUUACUUCCUAAAAGAACCGUCCCACGAUUGCCCGAGUUUCAAGAAUUCCACCUGAAGACAUCAGAGAGGGCUGCACAACAUUCUUCCGCAGUUUCAUCAUUCUUUGUCAAUCAAAAUCUUAAUGAUAAGAUCCUGCAAAAACCUAGUGCUAAUUCAAUUGCAGAAUGUGGAAAUGGAGAAUUCCGGAGAGCGAAUUUCAUGGAUGCUCCAAAGCUGGAUGGAUGUGAGAAAAAUCAAAACUUUAAAGCUCGCCCUCUUAACAAAAAGAUAUUUUCAAGUAAAGGAGAUAUUGGAGUUCUUCGAAAUGUCAAGCGGGAAACUACAGAAUUUAAUCUCCAAACAGAGAAGAGGGUUCAGCAGGAUCCACCGGUAGAACUGUUUAACAAGCUCUCUCUGGCGUCUGAACUCCAUCCCAAUGCUGGAUCUGAGUUAAAACUACCUCGGCCUACCUGUAUAACUGUGAAGAGAACAGAUUGGGUUCCUUUAAACAAGAAUGUGAGAUGAAACAUUUAGAGAAAGAAAAAGCUCCCAGGUUUGUGGUGAAGCGGAUUAUAAGUGGGAACGAUGGAGGGAUUGCUGCUGUUGGUUCUUCGCUUGGCAUGAGCAGGUACCAGAUUUGUAUUUAACGAAUCAAUGCUCAAGUAUAAUGUUUUGAACCUAUGAUAUCCAUAAACUCUGUCCCUGCAAUUCCAACAGGGGUUUGGGCAUCCGUUGAUCAUAAACUGAGGUAAACAUUUGAAAACAGUGCUCACUAUGGCCAUCAGGCAUCAACUUUUGCAGCUUGAUGAAGAUUGGCAAAUCAUUCACUGUGGAUAGUGUAAUACUCCGG